AUGUCAACCUUAUCAAGCACACUCUUGACAUCUUUAACUAGAAGUAGGAAGGUUGCCAUUGUGAGCGGAUCACCAUCUGGAAUCGGUACCUCAAUAGCUCGAGAGUUGUCCCUUCGGGGAGCCAAUGUAGUCAUCAACUACCCUUCCCAAGCCGAAAGAAUAGCCGCGGAAGCCGUUUUCAAAAGUUUGAAAGGGAACUCCAAAUCCAUUCUGGUCGAGGCUGACCUGUCAACUAUUGCCGGCCCCUCGAAACUAGUUGAAGCUGCUGUCGCAGAAUUCGGCGAAAUUGAUAUUCUCGUCAACAACGCAGACAUUUCUUUGCCAAACUAG